AACGGGAUAGUGAGUAUGCGGCUGGCGAAACUGGGUUGUGAUGUCUACUCGCCAUCCAUAUAAAACCAAUGCGGAGACUUGCUGUUUACAGUCAGCUCCGAAUUGUACGUUUGAUGACAAUAAGUAGCUAACGUUGUGACAGUAUAGUGAUUGGAUUGCAAUCAAACUGUUGGACAUUUGUUCAUCAGUGGAAUUCAAUAGGCUUAACUAGCUAAUAAUAGCGGUCGGCUAUUUUCCACUUAAAUUUUCUUAACCACUGGGACACUGAACAAAUAUUAAAAUGGUCAUCAUUACAAAGAAAUUGAAGACCUUUGAGGUAGUUUUCCAUGAUCCUACUAAGGCUUUCUACUCCAGUGGUGACAAGGUAGCCGGGAAUAUUGUGGUUGAGGUGUCGGAGGUGACCAAGGUGUCCGCUAUGAGAGUGUUUGGAAUUGGAUGCGCAAAAGUGGAGUACGCGAAAGGAAAGCACAGAUACCGUGAAGACAUUGAAUAUCUGAAAUACGAAGAUACCGUUUAUCUGGAGCACCAGCCUAGAGAUUCCAUUGGCUCGGUCACUCUCAGACCAGGGAACAGAUAUGAGUACAUGUUUGGCUUUGAGCUGCCACAUCCUGGGCAACUGGUGUCGUCCUACAAGGGGAAGUUUGGCUGUGUCCAGUAUUAUGUCAGGGCCGUGAUGGAGAGGCCUUCCCAGCCUGCCUUGCAGUGCGAGAAACCCUUUGAGGUGGAGGAGCCCUUGGACAUCAACACCCCUGACCUCCUGGCUCCAGCUGCAGGUACGAAGGAGAAGAAGCUCACCUGCAUGUUCAUCCCAGAUGGACAUGUGUCCAUCAGUGCCAAGAUCGACCGCAAGGGCUUCUGCGAGGGCGAGGACAUCUGCAUCAAUGCAAAGUUUGAAAACACCUGCUCGCGUAUCGUGGUGCCCAAGGCAGCCAUCAUGGUCAAGCACACCUACCAGGCCAAUGGCCGGACCAAGGUCCUAGGGCAGAAGCUUUCAGUCGUGAGGGGCAACCAUAUCAUCUCGGGCAUGUGUGACAUGUGGCAGGGCAAGACCAUCCGAGUGCCUAGGCUCAAGCCCUCACUCCUGGGGUGCGACAUCAUUCACGUGGACUAUGCCCUCAGGAUCUAUGUCCACAUUCCCGGCAGUGACAAGGUGGUCCUAGAGUUGCCACUGGUCAUCGGGACCAUCCCCUUCAAUGGCUUUGGCAGCCGCACCAACAGCAUGAGCAGCCAGGCGGAGUCCCUGAACACCCCCUCCAGUAGCUUUGGGUCGCUGCGCCUCCCGUCACAACCCCCCAGCUACAGCAACAUCUCCCGCGACUGCCGUAUCGACUCCCCCCUCACACCGCUGCUGGUCGACUACGACGCAGAUGAGGAUGAAGGACUGUUCAUGCGCGCCCCUGAGCUUUGGUACCCUCCUCCCCCUGCCUACUCCGAGGUCGAUGGGGAUCUCAAACAGCAAGGGCCAUGUUCUUCGGGUCAGCUGAACCACGAGUAAGAGUUGCAGUUAAUCCCCGUUGUAGUCUAAGCACUGGUGGUUAGCCUUAGUGAGAUCUGGGAAUGGACUGGUGACUGGUUAAAGAGCAAUACAGCUGUGAAGCAGAAAGAGUGGGGACCCUAGCCC